GCAGAGAGGCAAGGCCAGCACAGAAUCUGCCAACUUUCACUGAAGCCAGCUCUCUCUCCCUUUCUCCACCAUGAGGAUCUCUGCCACACUUCUGUGCCUGCUGCUCACAGCCGCUGCUUUCACCAUCCACGUGUGGGCCCAACCAGAUGGGCCCAAUCUAUCCACGUGCUGCUUUGUCAAGAAACAAAAGAUCCCCAAGAAGUAUCUCAAGAGCUACAGAAAGAUCACCAGUAGUCGGUGUCCCUGGGAAGCUGUUGUCUUCCAGACCAAGAAGGGCAUGGAAGUCUGUGCUGAAGCUCAUCAGAAGUGGGUCGAGGAGGCCAUAGCAUACUUAGACAUGAAAACCCCAACGUCAAAGCCUUGAAGACAUGUGCCUGAACAGAAACCAACAUAGGAGCCAAGAAGCAAAAUUCCUCCUCCUUUCUGAGAACUGUGCUGAAAUGGGUUGAUUAUGGUCCUAAGAAAUAGGAGCUGUCUGUAGGAAUGUGAAAUGGUCAUGCCUAAAGAAUGUUCUUUAAGUUAUUGAUAUUUUUAUUUAAUCUGCCAUGUACUUUGAAUGUAAAGCCCUGGAGGCCUCAUGUCACUUUAAUGUUGUGUUCCCUGCAGUUCCCUGCCCCGCCCCAUUUACUUUCCUCCUGUCCUAUGUAUGGAGGGGAUUUGCAAGAAUCAGUGAAAAGAUUUUAUUUAAAAACUUUUAGGAUAAAAUCAUAAUGUCAUGAUACUGUGGGAUUUUUUUAAAUGUAUGACUACUGAAGUUUCAUAUAAAAAUCUAUUUUUACACAAAA